UUUUUAUACUUAGCGUUAUAAUGCACGCAGCGUUCACGCAAAAUGUCACCGAGGACUUUCAUCCUGCGUGCUUUAUUCUGUUUAAGACUCACGAGUGAAUCUCAACGACAUUCUCAGCUUUGCCAGAGUCCAGCAGUCGGUUGGCCCAGCAUCCAGGCAGCAGGGAAGAAACACCGGUUUGACCUGCCGUUAUUAAAUGAAGAAGACUUGGAGGAACAGUUCGUCCGUGGCUCCGGACCAGGUGGACAAGCAACUAACAAAACCAGUAACUGUGUGGUGUUGAAACAUACCCCGACCGGUGUAGUUGUAAAGUGUCACCAGACCAGGUCUGUGGAGUUGAACAGGAAGCGCGCGCGCGAGAUCCUGCAGGAGAAACUGGACAUUGUUUACAAAGGUGAAGACAGCGAGCUGCUAAAGCAGAAGGAGGAGUCCAGGAGAAGGAAACAAAUCAAACGGAAGAAAGUGAAUGAGAAUGUAGAAAAAAAGAGGCUGUUCAAGGAAACACUAGAGGCUGGCUUCAAGCAAGAAGAUUAGAGGGAAUGAGGUUUGUGAACAGGUCCUCUAAGGCAUGAAGAGAUAAACAGUGCCAUAACUUAUACUCUUAUUCUGUGAUGAGGAGAAAAACCUGGGUGUUAGUGAUGUUCAUGUCAUGGUUAAUAUAUACCAUAAUGUUGAAUCAGUAUUAAAUGAAUUAAGUAAAUCAAUUCAAGUUAAAUACCUCGGUUUCCGGUUCUCGCUCUCUGUGGCGGGUAAAAUGUCUAUAAAAAAUGAGCAGUGAUGACAUCUUACCAGCUGACCUCAGAGCAGUCCUCACGUUUGUUACAGAUACAGCUGAGCAGUACAACUGAGACACCUUCCAUAAAUGUCUCCUGACAAAAAAGUCACCACACCAACGAUUACAGGUUUUAUUUUGUUAAACGUUUGAGUUUUUUAAAACAACAACAACAACAACAAAAAAAAACUAUUUAAUAUUAGUUGUAGAUUAUGUGGAGCAUCUGCUGUGCAAAUCCCUGGGUAUGAGCUGUUAACGGAAACGAUAAUGUAUUAGGAUGAGUGCAGUAAUAUUUUCCUCUUGUUUGGAACAACUUUCCAAACUGUACUUUUAUACGAAGAAUAAAAUGAAAUAACUGUUUUCCAUAUUCUAGGCUAUUGUGCUUCAGUCUUUUCAGUCAGGAUUUCCUACAAGCAAAGGUUGUCCUGAUUUCAUUCCUCAGGUUUCUACGUUGUCUAACAGCUCAGCAUAUUUAUUCUGACGCACUUGUAUUCUACAAAGACACAGUAAUAUUUUUUGUAAAGCUCAUUCUGUUAAGAGUAGGGGUAUACUCCGGUGUCCUGGUGAAAUUGGCCCUUCUCUAUCAUGGUCCCCUAAUAAUCCCCAUCUCUGAAUUGGCUAUAUCACUCUCCUCUCCACUAAUAGCUGGUGUAUGGUGGGCGUUCUGGUGCACUAUGGCUGCCGUAGCAUCAUACAGGUGAAUGCUACACAUUAGUGGUGGUUGAGGGGAUCCCCUCCUCAUACUAUGUAAAGUGCUUUGAGUGUGUAGGAAAGUGCUAUAUAAAUGUAACUGUAAAAAAAUAAAUAAAAAUGUUGCCCAAAUAACAUUUAUAAUGCAUGGCUGUUAUUCUAACUAAAACUUUUGAUUACAGUUGUCAUGAAAAAUAUAUAGCAUAAAAUAAAGAUAUGACUGCUUGAUGUAGGGUUAGUACUAUGGUGAGUGCAUUCAGUGCAGUUAAUUAUUGAUGGAGCUUUCGGAAGCCAUGAAGCUUUCCUACCAAGGGUGCUUCUCAAUACUCAAACUGAUGCUUCCUCGCUCCUCCA